AUGUGUGCAGCACUAUCACCAACUCCACCAAAUUCAUCAACAAAUUCAUCACUUUCAAAUUGUGAUCAUCAAACUAUUGAUGAAAAAAAUGGUCCCAUUGAUAAUAAUAAUAAAUUUCAACAGCCAACAUUUUUCAGUUCAUUCGAAGCUGAAUUAAAUAAAGUUGAUGAUUAUUUUGAAACAAAAGCACCUGAAGUUCGUCAUAUUAUACUUGAUAGUUUACAACGUAUGUAUAGUCAAAAUGAAUGGCAUGAUAAUCCAUUAACAAUUAUUUGUCGUGAUCUUGAUAUUCAUGUACCAACACCUGAACAAUUAAUCGAAUUAAAAACAACUCGUGAUGCAUUAAAAGCUGAAUAUGAUGCUUUACGUCAAUCAGUGAACAAUUGA